CAAGCCCGAACUUGACAGUGACAAUGGGGAAGAAAAGAGGCGGGCAGACGACUAAACGCAAAGAUCGCGAGACCAGAGCAUCAACACGGAAUGUUAGUGUUACCACAGGACCCAGCACGAGAGUGACAAGGCCUAGUAGGGCCUACUACUAGCUCUAGGCCUACUAGUAGUAGGAGAGGGAGAUACACGUCAAGGUCAAUGCCAAGGGAGUCGGUGUCGCAAGAUCAGCCAGUGACCGGCCCAGGGACGGUGGAGCAGGUGCCUGCAGCCCAGGCAGCAACACCCAGUCAGUCGUCGGGACGACCCUCGGUCGUGACACAACCGGGUACUCGAGCCCAACGGUUGUGGCUAUUGGGGGAUAGCUUCGUCAGGAGAGCCGGCGAGAGGGCAUCCUGGACAGGCAACCACAACCUGGGAGUAAAUGCAAGCGAGGUUAAAUGGUUUGGCAGAGGCGGCCUAACCCUACACGAAUUUCCGAGAGCUCUCCAGGACUUACUAAGGUACAACCCAGCUCCUACCAUCAUGAUCAUUCACGUGGGUUCGAACGACCUCGGCCGCUAUGGAGCCAAGCAAUGUCGACAGGCAUUAGAUGAUGCCCUCACCACAGCCCGGGAACUAUUACCGGGGUGCCACAUUUCUUUCUCAAGCAUAAUACCUCGUUUGUUCUACUAUGGAUAUGGCCGUACAGUGCACUCGCAAUCAGCGAUUGAUAAGGUGAGGAAAUCCCUGAACAAAUAUGGUAGAAGAAAGAUCAGGCAUGGGGGUUCAUCGCGCAAGAACACCAAUACUUCAACAGGGACGGGAUACACCUGUCGGACAGUGGAUGUGACAUCUUGAUACAGAGUUUCGCAACGGCGGCUCGAAUGGCUGGGUUAACUUAAAACUUGAAAUCUCUGAGAAAACGCCGUUUAAAUAUAAUGACUCCCUCAAAAUAAUGCACGUGAGUCUUGCGACCCAACGCUUUAACAUUUAAGCUGAAUAUAAAGAUCAUUGCAAAGUGUAUAUACAUGCACAUGUAAAUAGAACAAGGCAGAAUCUGAUUUGGACCAUGAUAUGGCUCGUUGACGCU